AUGUUCAAGAAAAUAGCUGUUGGGAUCUCAGGAGGUGUGGACAGUGCUGUUGCAGCUUUACUGUUGAAGCAAAGAGGAUACGAGGUGCAUGGGGUAUUCAUGCAAAAUUGGGACAUUAUGGACGAAAAAGGGACUUGUACUCUACAAGCAGAUUAUAACGAUGCCCUAUAUGUUGCAAGAAAAUUAGACAUAAAGCUACACCACGUGAAUUUUGUAAAGCAUUACUGGAACGAAGUGUUUGUGCUUUAG